UUUGGGAAAGUGGCAAUGAGACGAUUUUUGAUCUCCUCUGUCGACGUCCUCCGUAAUUGGGUUCAGCAAAUAUUUGAAGAGUUGUAUACCCGCUGUUAAUACUCCGAAACGCGAAGCGAGAGCGAAUUUUAUUCAAUGAGGCGAAUGUCGGUAUAAGUAUUCAGUCGUGGAGCGUUUGAAAAAUUAAUGGAUCGAAAUAAGACGAUAGGAUUGAACAGGCGCAUCCCGUACGCGAGCGAUAAUGGGGAUCUGAUACGGCUGUGAAUCAGUGCGUGAAAACGACGUGACACCGAUUUCUUCGACUCGAGAAAUACAUACAAGUGACCGCUCGAGUAGCUGUUCAAUUUGGUAAGAUUUGUCGGAUUUUAUGUGCUCGAUUUUUACUCGUUUUCGAAACUCGAACGCGGCGGUGUAGAAAAUUUCAAUCACGGAAGAGGGUCCUUGCCCAAAAACGAGGAGGAGGAUGCAUUGCGCAGGUAACAAAAAUGUCCCGGAGAUGGAUCUGGACAUGGCGAUCUCUUUGACAGGCUUGGGCAAAUUUCACCUGGGACUGGUCGUUGUCGCCGGAGGGUGCAUCGCGGCUACCACAGCGGAUACCGUGGGUCUUAGUUUUGCCCUACCCGCUGUGGAAUGUGAACUAGAAUUGUCCGCGGUCGACAAAGGGUUGUUUUCAGGAGCCUCGUUUCUGGGUAUGAUUUUGACGACACACAGUUGGGGUUUUGCAUCGGACACAUUUGGCCGAAGAGGGGUUUUGAUCGUAUCCCUGGGAGCGGGCUGGCUGCUGUCGGUCCUCGCGAGUUUAUCUCCAGUAUUUUGGCUUCUGCUUCUCUUACGAUUCCUCGCCGGAGCAGCAUACGCCGGAAUGUCGUCAACGUUUUACGCCUACCUGGCGGAGUUUUUACCCCCUGAACAGAGGGCCAGACGUGUAGCUUGGAGUUUCCUUUUCCAAGGGGCGAUUUACUGCCUGUUACCAGUCACCGCAUGGCUCACUCUUUCACUCGCGUGGAGUUUGGAUCUGGGUUUCGUCGUCCUUAGAUCGUGGAGAUUUUUGUGCCUCUUGAACGGUAUUUACGCUCUAGCGACGUGCAUCGCGAUUUUCUGGUUCCCGGAGAGUCCGAAGUAUCUGCUGUCCGUAGGAAAAGAACGAGAAGCGUUAAACGUUCUGAGCAGAAUUUUUUCCAUCAACAAAGGACGACCGGAGUCGGAGUAUCCGGUCCGGUCGAUCAGAAUUACAAAUGAGGAUAUCAGAACCGAGCAAAUCUCGAAGAUCUCUUUUUCGACGAUCUUGAAGGCUGUCAAGGACCAACUUGUGCCCAUAUUCGGUCGACAUCAUUUUCGAACAACUUUCAUCGCGUGCAUUCUUCAGUUCUGUUUUUACUCGGUAUCAUCCGGAGUUUUCCUCUGGCUACCCGACAUUCUGAACCGCAUGAUAAGCUACGGUGAGGCGAAUCCGAACGGAACGGUGACCGUCUGCGACGCGAUGAAUGUACGCCCGAACGUUUCCUCCAACUAUGGCAUGUGCGGUCGAGACAUGGACCCUAUAGUAUAUCUGAGUUCAAUGGUGUUGGGGGUCAGCUACUUCAUAGGCUACGUGCUGGUCGGUUACGUGGUGAAAGAAGUGGGAAAGCGGAAGCUACUCUCUAUCCUUCAAUUUCUCAGUGGAGUAUCCGGAUUCGCUAUUUAUUGGGCACCGAAUACGAUCGUGACAACUGUUUUAUUCAUAUUCCUCAUACUGCAACCGGGACUCUGCUUGGCUCUACUCAGCGCAACGAUAGUUGACCUCUACCCCACGCACCUCAGAAGCGCAGCGGUUGGGAUAGCUCUGACCGUGGGCAGGCUGGGAGCCAGUCUGACCGGAAGUGUAUUGGGUUUCCUCUUCGAAUACGAUUGUUCCAUGACAAUUUUCGGACUCGCCACGAUAUCAUUCAGUAUGCUCUUCUUCACAAGCGUAUUUAAAAUUCGCUACACCGACGGCAUGUCGAAUCAACAGCUGAGUGAAAUAAUUUUUAAACUUCCUUGCAAAAUCAAUCACUCAAACCGAGCUUCGCAGCGGUGUUUAAUAACCGGAGAUUUGGGAAGGACGACGAGCCAGGACACAACCAUGAAUUCUGAGGGAGAAAAUAGACAUGCCGUAGAUCUGAAUACAGCGCUCUUCAUGACAGGAAUGGGCAAGUUUCACAUCGGACUGAUCAUCGUCGCCGGAGGAUGCAUAGCGGGUACCACAGCGGAUACUCUGGGUCUCAGUUUUGCCGUUCCUACUUUGGGAUGUGACUUGAACUUAUCCGCGGGCGAAAAAGGCCUAUUUUCUUCAGCGUCGUUCAUGGGUAUGUUUUUGACGACGAAUAUCUGGGGCUUCGCGUCGGACACGUACGGUCGACGUGGAAUCCUGAUUUUGUCGAUGGUAAUCGGUUUGAUAUUAACCGUUGGAACGAGCCUGGCACCGGUGUUCUGGCUCCUCGUCCUGCUAAGAUUUCUGACCGGAAGCGCUUACGCCGGAAUGGCAUCGACGAUUUAUUCCUACCUGGCAGAGCUCGUUCCACCCGAACGACGAGCGAAAUUCGUCGCAUUGAUAUUUCUGUUCGAAGGAUCCGCGUUCAUUCUCAUACCAGCUGUUUCCUGGUUGAUCCUUCCGUACACGUGGAGUUUGGAUCUGGGAUUCGUCGUCUUCCGGAGUUGGAGGCUCUUGAUUCUUCUGAACGGUACCUACACCCUGUGCACGGUUUCAGCUAUACUGUGGUUCCCGGAGAGUCCGAAAUACUUGGUAUCCGUCGGUAGACACCAAGAAGCCAUCGAUGUUCUCGGACGAAUUUUUUCUCUCAACACCGGACGUCCUUCCCACGAGUAUCCGGUCCAAACGAUCAAGUUAACGGACGAGGACAAACGGGCGGUUCAGCCUCAGAUAUUACUCAAAUUUUCCGUACCGACCGUCUUGAAGAGCGUGAAAAAUCAAAUCGCACCGAUAUUCGGACUGAAGCACAUUCGCAGCACCGCUUUGGCCUGCAUAAUCAUGCUUUCCGCUCACGCGAGUGCUUUCGGUCUCUAUCUCUGGCUACCGGAUAUCCUGAAUCGUUUGAUAAUAUACAGCACGGAGAAUCCCGACGUUUCGAUAACGGUCUGCGACGUUAUAAAUAUACCGAAAAAUGCAACGAUCGGCGUCAAUUGUCAAACCCAGGUUGAACCCACGGUGUACAUCGGUUCAUUGAUAAUCGGAGUCGUUGACUGCUUGGGUUACGUUUCAGUCGGCGUCUUAGCAAAUUCCAUCAGCAAGAAGAUGAUGAUAGGUAUACUUCAGAUAAUCAGUGGUCUAGCUGGUUUCGGAAUUUACUUCGCGUCAGACUCGACAUGGGUGACGAUAUUAUUUUUCGUGUACAUCUCUCAGCCAUCACUAACGAUGGCUCCGCUCAGCGCUGCGAUAGUCGAUUUGUAUCCGACGCAUCUCAGGAGUACGGCGAUGAGCGUCGCUCUGAGUUUCGGCAGGGUAGGUGCUUACGUGACCGGAAACGUGAUCGGAGCUUUGUUCGAAAGUAAUUGUACGCUUGCCAUUUUUACUCUGGGCGCGAUCUCCUUCGGCAGCGGUCUGCUCUCCGUCUUCAUCCCCAAUACCGACACGAAAGAGGCGAAACCAGUUUGACGCCGACGUGAAAUUUUAUCUAGCGUCAGAGCGUCGAGGACGUCGUGAGAUAAAAUUUUUUGUACCGAGCUCGUGUUGUUUUCAAUAUCUGCAAACUUUGUAUUCGGAUAUAAUAGAUGAGAGAUGAGGGUCCA